CCCCCUCCGCGGGAUCAUGACGGGCGCUUCCUCCCUGCGGUUCUGAAAGGAGACUUCGGCGGCCCUCUGCGGCCGGAGCUUCGGCGGCCCCGGUGGUGGAAGAAGCGGCUCUCUGGCUCCCGUGCUGGUCCUCUCUCCUGCCCUUCCCCUGGGACUCCUUCCUGGCCUCCUCCUCGCGGUUCCUCGGGAGACUCGUCGCGGCCCGGGCCCGGCCAUGGCGGACUUCGACGAGAUCUACGAAGAAGAGGAAGACGAGGAGCGGGCCUUGGAGGAGCAGCUGCUGAAGCACUCGCCAGACCCGGUGGUGGUGCGCGGCUCCGGCCAUGUCACUGUGUUUGGGCUGAGCAACAAAUUUGAAGCAGAGUUUCCCUCCUCGUUAACGGGAAAAGUUGCACCUGAGGAGUUCAAAGCCAGCAUCAGCAGAGUGAAUAGCUGCCUUAAGAAGAACCUUCCAGUCAAUGUCCGAUGGCUACUCUGUGGCUGCCUUUGCUGCUGCUGUACUUUAGGUUGUAGUAUGUGGCCAGUUAUUUGCCUCAGUAAAAGAACACGAAGAUCGAUUGAGAAGUUAUUAGAAUGGGAAAACAAUAGGUUAUACCACAAGCUGUGCUUGCAUUGGAGGCUAAGCAAAAGGAAAUGUGAAUCGAAUAACAUGAUGGAAUAUGUCAUUCUUAUAGAAUUUUUACCAAAGACACCAAUUUUCCGACCAGAUUAGCAUUUACUUUACUUAGAGACUUCCCAAAUAUGUUGUCUUUUUUCCAAUGGUGCCUUGCUUGGUGCUCUCCUGGUGGUGAUAUAGCGUUGGUUCUACAGAAUCUUGUGGUGUUCUUCAUUCUUCUCUCUCCCUUUUUUUUUGUAACAGCAUGUUCAAAGUGCAUUUUGUCAAACUCUGCAGAAAUCAUUUCAUGCAAAUGUCAGUGUGAUUUAAGUUAUUACCUAUCCCUUUUCUGUUGUCAAUGAAUCCUGAUUUUCCAGAGUGUGUGUUUCUUUGUGUGUGUGUGUGUAUAUAGCUAUAAACACACAACCAAAAAUAGCUAUAGAUGAAAAGGUAUUUUUAACCCUAAGAUACGCAUCUGUAAAUUGUGAAAAUUGUCAGUCACCAACCUAUGCACUUGCAUCUUCUCUGAAUCUGCAUAUUUUGCCAGUAACAUAUUUGUAUAUACUCAUUUUUCUUCUCUACUUUUCGGGAACAUAAAAUCAGCUACCCUGUGAGGUGACAAAGCAGGAUUUCUUGAUAAAUUUCUUGAAACCCAAACACUGUUUCACCUUUACACUUUUUUUCUAUUCCAUGAAGAAACCCCAUCUGCUCGGAAGAUAUUCAUCCCCAAGAAACUUGAAAUUAGAUUGCUAUUAUUCCACUAGAAGAACCGGUGGUAGAUUUGCAUGUGUUGAAUGGUUAAUACUGCUCAGGAUCAUAAAAAUCACUAGUAUUUCACAGAGGAUCGGUGUAUAUACAGCCAUGGUUGACCUGCUGUGACUAAGAGAUUGGGAUCGUUGAUGGAACAUGUGACCCACAACCCACUUCCAAUCUAUUAAUUACAGUUGAAAAAAUAGACCAUAUGUUUGGGAGGGAGAGUGUGUAUGUGCACACUUAAGUAUAUGUGUGUAUUGUGGCUAAUGCCAUGUAACAGCUUUACUGUUUUUUUAUUGUUUACCAGAUCUAGUAGUACACAAGGAUGCAAGAUCAUCAGAAAUAUAUUUGUUAAAUGAAUGCUUUGGUAAUUUUUAUUCUUAAACGCUACAGGUUUUGUCCCCAGCCCGGAAAAGUUAGUUGUUCUUAAGUCCCAUUAAAAUCAAUGGAUCUAGUUAGUUGUGGCUAACUUUUUAAAGUCCCAUUAAUUUAAAUGGGAUUUAAGUGCAACACAACUUUCCAGUUUCUUAUUUUUACAUUUUCCCUUUGGCUGGGGCAUUUGUAUGUAAAACAUUGACAACAUUAUACCAGAAGCUAUGGAUGUGUUAAUAAUGUCUUGAUUUUUACAUCUGUGUAUCAGAUGUGUAAGUCAAAAAUUGGUUAUUUGACUUAAUAGCAGACUGAAUGUUUUGGGUAAUACUUAUGAUAUCCCAGCUUCCGUUCUAUUGUUAUGUUUACAUGUUUAGCAUUUUGUUUCCUGUUUUUAUUGUUUGCACAAGAAAGCAUUCUUAAAUAUGGAUAUGUGAUAUUAUGCUUCGGUCAGGCCAGAUUUUAGUUUCUUGGCUGUGCAUAUCGUCAUGUAUUAUGUUUAAUGCCUCCUUAAUGCAGUUAUUUCCAAAACAACUUGGUUUUUGGAUAUUAAUGUACAUGAAUUAUAAAAUACGUUAAGGGCCUGUUCUUCAUGUAGCAGAGCAAUAAUGUGAAUAGCCAACAAAUGCAACCUGCUUAAUAUUUGUAUUAAUGAAAAGUUUACUCCACUGCAAGAAUACCAUUUUUUCUUCAUUUAAAUACAAGUUUCACUUUACUGUCAUUA